AUGCAGUAUCCGCACGCGCGCUCCCGCUCUCGCGAGGCCUAUGCCCACGCUUCCUCCAGCAGCUCCCUCUCCUCCGCAGCCCCUUCCGACCUUCUCCCCGCAGCCUCCAACUCCAGCCAGUCUGAUAUCGGCACCGAUCUCUCCGCCUCAUUCACUUCUUCCUCUUCCUCUCACUCGCACUCGUGCAGGCGCAACCCCGUCGCCAGCCCGUCCCCCGCCCCUGCGCCCAGCAACAAACACCGCUUCUUCGCUCUCGCGCGUGGCCACCGCGCGACUACCUCGAGUGCAAACCCGAUGGGUCAGGUCCUCGCAUCUCCAAGCUCUAAUCCACCACCUAAUGUCGAUCCACCACGCCCCAGUUCCCCCGGUGGUCGCUUCAAGCGUGCAUGGGGCCGCAGGAAAAAAUCCGAGGACAUCACCUCCGUCUUCUCCUCAACGAGCAAGGGCAAGGAGCGCGCGAGCAGCGACCUCCCACCGUCUUCCUACCCCGGCUCCUCCGUAUCAGACCUUUCCCACACCAUAUCGCGUACCAGCUCGGAUAGCCAUGGGCUCCCAGGCGGCCCGCCCACCACCCGCAGCCCCCGCGCGCUGAAUCCCAUUCAGAUCGCAUCAAACAAGCUUGGUUUCGGCGGGAAGCGCACCGUCUCUGGACAGUCGCCAAAGUCGCCAAGUUACAGCGGGUCGCCGCCACCGCCGCCGCCCAAGGAGCCUCCUCUUUCACCGCCACUCGCCGCGCCACAGCCGUCAUUGCGAGCACCGCGUACUGCGCACAUGGGUGUUCAUCCAGAUGGACCACCAUUAUCGCGGAUCCGGAGUGCGGUAAAGGAUCAACUGCCACCGCUCCCUCCUCAUCCAUCGGUACCCUCACCCCCAUUGUUCGAUAAGGAGCGCGAGCGGCUCAAGGAGGAUUGGCGGAAGAGCGACUCGACGGUGAUGUCACAUAGCACGAUCCGGCCAGGCGCGCGGGGAGGUAACCGCUCGCCAAGGCCCACGUCGGUAGCUGAGUCGAGCCACUCAGGGAACACCAUCAUUCCGCCAGUCAAUAAGCGACUGAGCGCGCUGAUCACGGAUGCGGAGUUCAAUGUGUUGGAGGAGGGCCCCGGGGACCAUUCAGACUGGGAGGAGGAAGAGACGGAGGAGAUUCCGGGAAUAUCAUGCAGAACAGAGGAGGCGCUGGAGAGGGUCGUAUCAAGAGAGCAGCAAAGGGAGAAGGAGAUGCGGAGGACAAAGUUGACCUCAAGCCCUGCAGGAUCGAUCAAGACGCGCAAUCGCAGGUCAAUAUCGCUCAAUCUUGGUCCGGGGCAUGGGACGCGAACGAGCGUCGUCGAAGAGAUGGUGCCGAUCCCACCCAAGGCGUCCUCCUCUGUCGGUCACGCAAUGAGCGUGCCGAACACGCCGCUGUCGGCCACGCAUUCACGGGACGCGCCAACGCUGACGCGGGCUGCUGCGAACGGAUUUAUUGCACCAACGAGUGCGCCCGGCGCACUACAUAGCACGGGCAGCAACAUUAAGAGCAAGCUUGCCGCGUGGACGGCCGCAGCGUCGAUGAGCCAAGGCGAGCGCCCACCCCCACCGACGUCCAGGCGGAAGGUGCAACAACAGCAACUACAGCAAAACCGGAAUGCAGCCCAGAUGCGCUCAACCUCGCCACAGACAGGUUUCCGCCAGACUGCAGUGAGCAUGACGGGUGGCCUGGGCCCCGCGGCGAUGGGUCUGGGAAAGCGUGCGGUGUCGAAGGUCGGCCGCGCAUGGGGCUUGGGAUCGUCCAGUGCAAAUAUGAGCGCGGGCCCGAUGACAUCGGCGUCGAUGACCUCGCUGCAGUCGACGGAGGUAGGCCUCGGGCGCACGGUGUCACGCGAUUCAACGAAGAUGCACGCGCAGGCGGGCUUUGGAGGUGGUGCUCACGGAGCCGGACAGAAGAAGCGCCGUUUUGGGCACCGCGCACCGAGCGUCGCGCCGAGCCUGACGUCGUCGUCGGCAUCUGCAUCGGAUUUGGAUGGAUUCGCAUUGAGCGGGCCGAGCUUGGGGAGGAGGGUGCGCGGGCCGAAGAGGACGCCGUCGGGCGCGAGUAUCAUUGGUGGGUUAGUGUUUAAGCGGGAUCUGAGGACGUGUGUGAAGGAGUCGGCGAUAGACAGCGUGAAGGAGGCGCUGGCGGCGGAGGAGCUGGAGGGGAAGGUCGAGGAUAGGCAAACGGGCGAGGUGGUGCUCGUUGCGCUGGAAGAGAGGAGGCUGCCGGCGGUGGUCGUGCGGUGUGCGCAGCAUUUGAUGAAAUGGGGUGUGGAGGAAGAGGGUCUGUUCCGAGUGAGCGGACGAUCGUCGCACGUCGCCAAGUUGCGGUCAGAGUUCGAUGCAGGCUCCGACUGGGACAUGCAGAACUGCGAUCCCAGCGACCUCGACCCACAUGCCGUCGCGUCCAUCUUCAAGACGUUCCUGCGCGAACUGCCUGAGUCGAUACUCACCUCCAAUCUGAUUCCGUACUUUGAAUCCGCGCUCGGGGCAGAAGGGGAAGCGGCUCGCACAAGCAUUGAUUCUUCUGCGGAUGGGUCCGUUAGAUCCGCGGCGCCCUCGCACCACCGUAGCGGCUCUGCACUCUUGCGCAAGGCGCCGUCACUCUCGACGCUCGCCGUGCCAGCCUUCGCGGGCAGGCGCGCCAUGUCGGAGAGCCUGCUCAACGCAUUGGCGUGGCUCAUUUCGCAGCUCCCGCGCGAGAACCGCGAUCUGCUGUACACGGUAGUCGAGCUCAUCCGUGCGACAGCGGCGCGGAGCAAGGAGACGAAGAUGCCGUUGGGGAAUCUGCUAUUGGUGUUUUGCCCUAGUCUGAACAUGAACCCUACGUUGCUCCGCGUGCUCUGUGAGCAUGAGAGCAUAUGGCAGGGUGUGCCGAAGCCGCAGCCCGAGGAAGAGCCGGACGUGGAGGAAGACGGCGCUGGCGUCAGGGCUACAUUCGUGACUGCUCGAGAGACGGUGCAUGCUGGGGAUAGCGGGUCAGAUAUCAUCUCCAGACAGCCAUCCUCUUCCUCGACGGAUGAGCCUACCGAAGACGAGGAGUCGAAUCUCAACACACCGGAAGACGCUCAAGGUGCGGCUGUAGCAGUUUCUGAUGAUGGCCACCUCAAUAAAGACGAAUAUCGACAUACACAUGUAACGCCUGAACUUGUCUUGCUCCCGCCUAUCAGUCCCAUUUCGCCUGUCUCGCUCAAAGAUGAUUCCUCGUAUGUGUCCGCACCCGAGCCAUCUUCUGCAGCGCCCACACGCUCUCCGAGCCCUGCAGUGCCUGAUGGCUACAGUUCACAUGGCGUUCCUCCAUUGUCGUCGUCUGCCGAGUCGCUCAGCUCGCCGUCAGAGACGUCCGCAGAGCCUUCAUCACCGGAGCCACACAGCCGACCCUAUGGUCGUCCCUCAAUGGACACAGACACCGAUGUCGAAUUGGACGAACGUGAAGAGCCGCACUCGAGCAGCAUAAAUCAGAAGCCGGUGCAGCCGCACCCGAUGAGCCGCUCGCAGGAUUCCUUUGGCGUGCUGGUGGAUACAGAGAAGGUCGACAUGGCGCUGCCUUCAGCGCCGCCCCGCCCGCUGGUCAACACGCGUGUCAGCCCGUCUGCACCUCUUCCGGCUGCGCUGGGGAUUUCGGUGCCUUUCCCUGCCACGGGUGGGAGCACGCCUAACACGCCGAUCUCGCGGCGCAAGUCGUUCGGCACACUGCUCUCGUUUUCGAAGAUGCGCUCGGUGUCUGGCACGAGUGUCGGCUCCGCGUCCAGUGUGGAAGCUGCUCAGGCAAGCGCUGCUCCUGUAGUCGUGAACAGUCCGCCACCGUCGAGCUGGGGCCGUUCAAAGCGGCCAUCCCUUCAUCUGCUCCUGCAGAAGCUCUCGGGAUCGGGGCUGAACAAGCAGGCAGCUGGGACGGCAUCGGUGGACGUGAAUGUUAAGACGCAGACUGCCGUAUAUUCGCAGCCGUCGGGAGCAUCAGCGUCGCUGCCCGCGCUAUCCCUCGUGCGCUCGUUGAGUCCUGUGCAGAAGCCGAGUCCAACGACGUCAGAGUCCAUGUCCCCGGUGUCGCCUCAGUCGAUGAGCCCCGAGUCCAUCGUCCAGCAGGAUAUGCCUGUGAGCAGCGUGCCUGUCGCCCCACCGAAGUUGGAUACUGCGAUAUCGUCGUCCCCCAUCACGCUUGGAUUCGACGGAAGUCCUGUGAUAGAGCGUGUGACAGCCAAAGCAGAGAUCCCAAGUAUAGUCAAAGUCGAUGCGCCGGCAGAGGAACUCGAGGAUAACGACCAAGACGAGGAUGUGUUCUUGUCUCCUGUGUCGCCCUCGCCGCGCUCGAUAUACCCACGCUCGCGCACGGACUCAUUAAUUCCCUCGCUAUACACGACCCCUCUUGGAAUGACGCCCAAGACGCCUAUUGCUGAUCUGUAUCAGGUGCAAGGCCGCUCGCACAGUGCACUGGGCUUUUUUGAGGCGGUUGGCGGGCGAUUGGAGAAGGAGAUGGAGGAAGAGGGUAAGACGGUGGAAAAUGGCUGUGGAGGAAGUCAGAGAGGAAAACUACGUGUGAUGAGAAUGGCUCGUUCGACUUCGGAAGCCUCGCAAAUGUCGCAGUUGUCGCAGGUGUCGUACUCAUCAUCGAUGCCAUCGAUCAUGGUGAACGUAGAGGGGACGCAGGAAGAUUGGGCGCAGAGUGUGCUGAUGGCGGCGCAUAGCUCCGGAUCGACAAAGAAGUUGCAAGAUACGGCUACGUAG